AACAAGGCCUUCCUUUCAACCAAACGCUGAAAGAGAACCGUCAUACUCAGCAGAAGCUCAAGAAUAGUUCUAUCUCACAGAAGACAUUAUUAUUUGCCCCGUAUACCUCGGAUAGUUUUCCUAGCUGCCAAAUAUUAAUAAUAAUAGUAACAUCAUCAAGCCCCUUGAGCUCGAGCGGGGUCACAUGAUCGUACAGUUGAAGAUGGCGGCGCCGAGCCAUGAAUUACUAGUAUUGACGCAAGGAGGACGCGUUCAAUCCCCCCUGUUUGAAUUAUUAAAUCUGGCUUUGAUGCUUUUCUGCACCAGUUCACUCUUUUCAAUUGAGGCAAGCGGAAGCUACAGUGUCGAACGGGGGAAAUGGCGUCAAGCAGGCAAUUCGAUAUCAUACUCCUGGGUCCUACCGGCUAUACCGGAAAAUGGUGUGCAGAACAUAUCGUCCAGUACCUUCCGACGGAUUUAAAAUGGGCUCUUGCGGGACGUUCUUUGCAGAAGAUUGAAGGGGUCGCGGCGGACCUGAAGAAGUUGAACCCGGAUCGCAUUGCGCCUGAGAUCAUUGCUCUUCAGCUUACGCCUGAGGAACUUGGACCUCUAGUAAAGAGGACGAAAGUGAUCAUUAAUUGUGUGGGGCCCUAUCAGCUCUAUUCGACUCCUGUCGUAGAGGCAUGUGCUGUCAAUGGCACGCAUUAUGUUGAUACUACAGGAGAAACUCCGUGGGUCAAGUCCAUGAUCGAGAAAUACCAUGAAACGGCCAAAGCAAGUGGUGCGGUUCUUAUCCAUUCUGUUGGGAUCGAAAGCGCCCUAGCAGAUAUCUUGACCUGGUCAGUAGUCAAGAGGUUUCACGAUGACUUUUCUUCGCCGGUUAGGGAAGUCACUUGCUGUGUCAGUGACCAGAAAACCUCCGGAGCCAGCGGCGGCACACUCCUGACACUCCUAACGACAAUAGAAGCGCUUCCUCUAUCAAAAAUGCUCGAAACAUCCGAUCCAUUCGCACUCGCCGCUUCCCCACCACCAGAAGACAUCCCCAGCUCAACCCUCUCUGAAAAGAUCCUAGGAGUCUGCUCUGUCCGGGACCUGGGGACCCUCACCACCUCCCCCUUUGCAUUCGUAGACGUGCCCACCGUCCACCGCAGCAGCACACUAUUCCCGAAUCUGUACGGAUCCAGGUUCUACUUCAGGGAAUUCAUCCGUGUCAGGAACGUGUUAGUCGGUGUCCUUGUCCACUUCGCCAUCGUUGCCGUCUUCCUACUUCUCCUCACGCGACCGUUCCGGUGGCUGGUUAAGAAAGUCGUCUAUGCACCGGGCAAUGGGCCUAGACGGGAAGAUUCCGUCAAUGACUUUACCGAGUAUCUUGCUGUUGCUACGGAAGACACGGAUGUCGCUACGCCGAAACGUGUUAUUGGGAGGUUGGAGUGCCGGAAGACGCUGUAUGAGCUUACGGGGCUGCUUUUGGCUGAGGCGGCUAUGGUCAUUGUGAUGCAUGAGGAGAAGGUGAAGGAGGUGUCUGGGUGUGGGAUUGUGACGCCGGCAGCUUUGGGACAGGAGUUUGUUGAUCGGAUUGAGAAGGUAGGGUGUAGGAUUGAGACCAAGGUGCUUGGGAAUCAGUAGCUGUUUAUCCCUAGGAUGUAUUUGGGCUUAUAUAUAUACCAUGCUAGUAUUCCCGUUCUUGUCUUUCUUUGAACUCCGGGUGACUCCUUUCUCCAUCUUGUCAAUCUCCCUAUCAAUCUUCUUGUAUACUAUACAAUAUUGGAUACGUC